UCAAAUCGAGUCGUGAACCAUCCCUGGAGACUCAAUCAGAAACCUAUACCUAAGAUAGUUGCCGGUAAAAUAGUUGCAGGAUGUUUAUCGUAGACGCUGUCGAAAGUAAGAGACACAUGCUGUGAGUUGGGGCUUGGUGGUGCCUAUCCAUAGAAGACAGGAGCUAAUGUGGUAGGUCACUUUCACGGAGCCUCCUCUGGGUGCAACACAGCCUUGUUAUCCGUCCUGGCCGAUCAAUAUACCUGAAGCAACACCCAACCACGCUGACCGUGAGCAAGGAAGGACCAGAAGCCUGUCUAUCCAAGUCUGGUUUGUAUAAAUUACACCUUUUAAACGAAACGCAAAGUUAUGCCUGUUUAUACCCGGAACAGACGUGCAUGCUUACCAUGCACAAAGGUUUGUGAACAGCACGUGUGGAGUCACGCUCAAGCCCACUAUGUAAUCAUGCACACGCUUUUACGUGUUAAUUGUGCACCCAUCCGUUCUUGUUGAGUUGUGUCAAAUCUACUGCUUAUCUAGUAGUAAGAUCUGCCAUAGUUAGUACAAAAGUGAGGACCCACACCGCUGGAAUUUCAACUAACACCAAAGCCUGAACUUUAGUGAAGAUGAGUUCCCCACCAGCCACGACAGCUAAUGUUUCGAGGCCUGACUUAGCAGACACCGGUGAGCGUGUCGCCGUCACUACCCCACUGCCUACAGAUGGCGCCACAACUGAAGGUGUGGGCGAGACGCGUGAGGCGGCAGCAGAGGGAGCCGCGAGCGACAACGCGAAUCGUCCGGCGGGCGGAGUCGUCGCCGCGGCGACGGAUGACGAGGAUGCGGACAAGCCGCAGAUGAAGCCACUGAAGACGUGGGAGGAGGUGCUCGCGUGGGAGGCUGGCAAGGACGACUUCAACGUGGCGACGGUGGAGCUGGCAGAGAGCGUCGAGCGUCCGGCCGACCUUCCGCUGACCUUUGUAUGUCACGACAUGGCAGGUGGGUAUCUUGACGACCGUUUUCCCCAGGGUAGCGACUCUGCUAUGGCAUAUCGUCACUGGCACUGGGAUUUUGUGGACAUAUUCAACUAUUUCAGCCACAACUUCGUAACAAUCCCUCCUUCCAGUUGGACAAAUGUGGCUCAUGCGGCUGGAACUCUGUGCUUGGGAACGAUCAUCACGGAGUGGGACGCGGGCGCGGAACUGUGCGCCAAGUUUCUCGCCGACUGGGAGACGUGCGAGAGGUUCGCUCGCACGCUCAUCGACAUCUGCCGCUACUACAGGUUCGACGGCUACCUUGUCAACAUCGAGAACCCGAUCGUGCCGGGAGAGCAGCUCGUCAACCUCAUCUACUUUGUAUCACACCUGACGCGGGAGAUGCGCGCCGCGCUGCCGCACGCGCGGGUUGUCUGGUACGACAGCGUGACGGUCACCGGUGAGCUGGCCUGGCAGAACGAGCUCAACGACGACAACAAGGUGUUCUUCGACUCGAGCGACGGCAUCUUCCUCAACUACGGCUGGACGAAGGAGACGCUCGCCAGCUCGGCUGCGGUCGCGGGCGCGGACGGCCGCCUGCAGGACGUCUACGUCGGCAUCGACGUGUUCGGCCGCGGCGUGUACGGCGGCGGAGGCUUCAACACGAGCCUCGCCCUCGAGGUGAUCCGCGACGCGCGCCUCUCUGCCGCCAUCUUUGCUCCCGGGUGGGUCUACCAGCGGCUCGACGCAGCGAAGUUCGUCGCGCACAACGACCUCUUCUGGUCGCUCGCGGCGCCGCACUGCCACGCGCACGCCGUCCGCCGGCGCCUCCUGGCGACGUCGUUCUGCCAGGGGUUCGGGGAGCGCUUGUACGAGCGCGGCGCGGUGGCGAGCGACGCCGCAUGGCACAACCUCGCGCGACAGCACGCGCAGCCGCCACACGAGACGCCCGCUGACGGUAGGCCGCACGCUGAGCUGUGCGCGCGCGAUGCGUACAGCGGCGGCGCCUGCCUUCGCGUGUCUGGCUUCACCGCGCGCACGCACGUCGCCCAGGUGGCGCUGUUCCGCGACCUCGCGCUGCGCCCCGGCGCGCCAACGCUCGUCUCCUUCUCCCUGAAGCCCAUCGCGAUGGAGGGGCUUCACUUCUCGCUGCUCGUCCGCGCGGAGGCUGACGACGGCACCGUGCAUCUCUACGCGUUCGAACGCCGCGCGAAUGCCACCGCUAGAGGGCGCCCCGCUGCACGCACGGAUGCCGCCGCCAGCGGCGACCUCUACAGGCGGUACUCGAGCGAGGACGCGUCGUCGGACACGGUCGCGGAGAACGGCUGGAUCUCGCAGCUGCACACGGUCAACGAGGCGGUCGGCACGAUCACACACGUCGACGCGAUGAUCAAGAUAUGCGGCGCGGAGACGAUCCGCAGGCCGCCGCCCGUCGGCGCGUACUCCGUGUCCGACGUGGAGGUGCGGCCGGACGCGGAGGGCAAGACGGUGUCGGCCGUCGUCGGCUGGGAGUACAAAGCCGGAGCGGCGCAUCACUUUGUCGUGCAUCGUCGCGUCGCGAAAGGCGCCUCGUUCGUGUAUCUGUGUCAGGUGAACGUGCCCAUGUAUAAGAUCGUUCGCAUGGCCGUUGCGGCGGACACGAGCGCGAUCGAGAUAGUUGCGCAGCCGGUGUCGGAGGCUGGCGUCACCCUACCGCUGGCUAAGUGCGAGUUUGUGACAAUAGAUUUGGUCUGA